AUGGCGACAGCUCUAGACCGCGCCGCCCUCCCGCGCAACGAGCUGCUGAGCCAAUGGACACAACACGCCGCCUGCGCCGACGCCGAGCUCGACGCCUGCGCGACGGAAUUACGACAGGCGCGCCACGUCCAGCGCGCGUGGGCGGCCGGCGGCGUCGUCGGCGACGCGGCGCAGCGCGCCGAGCACGCGGCCCAGCGCGCCGAGGCCGCGGAAUGCCUCUCAGCGGCGCUCUGGUCCGUCCUCGAGGAGCGCGCCAAAUUAUUGGGAGACGACGACAUGGUCGACGCGGCCACUUCCUCCGCGCUCGACAAGGCACACAAACGCGCGACGCGGGCCUGGCGCGUCUUGUCGUCGCUGCGCGGGUUGAGCCGGGCGGCGCGCGACGUCCGACGAGAAGUAGAUAGCGACGCCGUGCCGUGGCUCAACGCGCGCUACAAGGCGCGGAAGCGGGCCGCCUCUGUCGACAAGGGAGAACCCCUCCUGGCCUUCCUCCUGCAGCGGGGCGGCCUCGCUUCUGAUGAUGCCCACCCCGUGGCCGACGCCGCCUGGUGGGCGACGCUGGCGCAGGACGGCGACAGCACUCCCUCAAAGGAAGUCGAGGACGCGUCGAUCCCGACGGCGUCAGAUGAUGCGACGCUGGACCACCGCCUGGCCGCGGCGUGCGUCGUGAGCGGCGACGUGGCCCUGCGGCGCGCCGUUCUUGAUGGUUCGGACGGCGUGGAAGCCGUCAGAAAAGGGGCUCUGGCGCUCCAAGAGACGGCCGCGGCGGUCUUCCUGCCGCCCGGUAUUGUGGACGUGGCGGCGGUGUGCUGGGGGUUGGACGUGGCGGACGGCCUCGCGAGCGAAGCGAGCGACGAGGAAGGUUUAUCCGCAGCAAGGGCCGCGUUCGCGCGCGCCGCUCCCUUAGCUGCGGAUUUAGGUUCGCGCUACGGCGACUCGAGUCCUGGCCUGCGCUUAUUACUAGCAAGGCGCAUCGGCCGCCUGGCGGACUUGGAUGUGGCCGCGGCCCUCUUCGCGCUGGCGGCGCUCGCGGACGGCGACGACAGCCGCUUCGCCGUAGCGCGUUCCGUCGCGCACUCGAACGCGCGCCGACCAGAUAGAGCUUUACAAGUUUUGCGGGCCGCCGACGACCGCGCGGACGACGCUUCACUGCAUACGGCGCGCAUGCGUGUCUUCGAGGCGCUCUGGGCGCAGGGCGACCGGAAGGCGUGCGCGCAGCUGCCCGUGACUUUUAGAGAUGAGAAGGCCCUGGCCGAGGCCCUGGCGCCGAAAGCUAGAGGCGGCGACCGCGCGGCGGGCGAUUGUCUGGUCGCGGCGCUGUUAAGAAGGCGCCGCGUCGCCGACGCGCAGCGGCUCCGGCCCUUCGCGUCGCCCCGAGCAUUGAAAGCUUUGGACGUGGCGAAGGCGUCGCAUGUGUCCGCGGAGCCUUUGGAAGGGCGGUACUGCCCCUACCUCGCUGCGUUAGAGCAGGGGGCUUCUACGGUGAUGGCCGACGAAGAACCUGCGAGGGUGGACGUCUGGCCCGCGGCGCCCGAUAACGAUGGGGCUGAAGAUCAGGUCAUGCGCGAGCGUCCACAACAGCGCCGAGAAGACCAGGGUGGCGGAGAGGACGACGAGGCAUCACACGAGGGUCCGGCGCACGUCGUCGCCGCGCCUUUCACGCUGCCCGCUCCACCAACCCAGCCGCGCUUCUCCUUCUCGCUGCCGCCGGCGCCGCCGUCGUCACAUUCGAUCUUCGACGGCAUCACGGGCGGCGAGGAGAAGAGUUCAGGGGAGGUCAACGUCACCUCGCCCGUCGACGAGGGGCGUGCCGACGCGCGCGCGGCGCUCGAGGCGCGCAUCCGCGAUCGGGUGGACGCGCUGCGCCAGCAGGAGGACGUCGCCAUGGAGGAGGCCGCCCCCGCUCCCGCCCCGGAGCCCAUGGAGGAGGAGGAGGCCGCGGCGGCACCAGCGGCGCCGGCGCCGGCGGCGCCGGCACCCGAGCCGGCGCCGCCGGCGCCCGAGCCCAUGGAGGAGGAGGAGGAGGAGGCCGCGGCGGCCCCGGAGCCCAUGGAGACGGAGCUCUCCGACGACCCCAUCGAGGACUCGGAGGAGGACGUGGUGGCGGCGCCCGCGGAGGACAACACGAGCCUCGGCGACGACGAUGAACAGGUCGCGCCGCCGCCGCCCGCCGACGACGACGACGAUGAUGACGAUUCGGACCACGACGACGGCAACGACGCGCCGGCGCCCGUCGCCGCCGCGGCGCCGGCGCCGGCGCCCGCGCCCGCGGCCGAGGCGCCCGCGGAGGACCUCCACGCGUGGCCGAACAACGCGGCCGACAGCCAGACGCAGAGCCAGGGUGAGAGCCCGCCGGCGCCCGCGCCACAGGAGGACAGCCAGGAGACGGUGCUGGAGCUCCACGUCGGCGGCCUCGCGCUCGACGCGGCGACGGGCAACGUGUGCCGCAUCGUGGCCAAGAAGAAGGGCUGGUGGACGGUCCAGUUCCUGGGAGAGGACGCGACGCACUCGCGGCGCGCGAAGCAGCUCACGCCCCGGGCCGAGGAUGAAGCUGAGGAAGCGGAAGAAGCGCCGCCGGAGGCCGAGGUGCUCCAGGCCAUGCUCGACGAGGACGACGAGGACGAGGCCCCGGCGCCGGCGCCGGCCCCGGCGCCCCGCCGGCGGGGCCGCAGCGGCGGCAGCCCGGCCGCGUCGCCCGCGGCGUCGCCGCGCUCCUACCGAGGGCCGCGGCCCGCGCCCAACUCGUCGACGGGGUCGCCCUCGCGGCGCUCGUCGCGCAGCCGGUCGCGGGGCAGCCCUGCGCCGCGGCGCUCGCCACGCGGACGCGCUGCCGCCGCGGCCCCGGCGCCAGCCCCGGCGCCCGCCCCGGCGCCGCGACGCUCGUCCCGCGGCCGCUCGACGGCGGCGCCGGCUCCCGCGGCCGCCGCCCCGACGCGCCGCUCGCCGCGCCGCUCGUCGCGCGGGCGCUCGGGUGGCUCCGCCUCGCCGGCGCCCGCGCCCGCGGCACCGUCGACCCGCCGAUCCUCGCGGGGCCGCACACCGGCCACUCCCGCUGCGGCGUCGUCCGCAUCGCCGCCGCGCCGGCGCUCGCCACGCGGACGCGCGCCAGCGCCCGCUCCCGAGGCGGAAUCGUCUCCAUCGCCGGCGCCGGCACCGGCGCCGCGCCGCUCGUCCAGAGGUCGUUCUGGUGGACGCAGCGCCUCGCCGGCUGCUUCCGCGCCUGCGCCCGCUCCCGCUCGGAGGGGCCGGCCGCGCCGCACGGCCGCGGCGCCCGCGCCCGCGGCCUCCGCGCCGGCCCGGAGAUCUACGCGCGGGCGCCGCGGCGACGUCGACGAGAACGAGGACACGAACCCUGCACCUUCGCCGAAGCCCGCGCGCCGCUCCGCCAAGCCCGCCGCCGCGGCGCCGCUGAGGAGGUCGUCGCGGCUCCGGAAGUAG